AUGUCUGUUGCUGAUGUUGCUUUAAGCCCGAUUCAGAGAGGAUCUGGGUUUUGUUUUGGUCACGAGCAAUCGCACUACUCCGUCAAAUCGGUUUUGGUGUUCCUUAGCGUCACUGGUUCUACGAUGCCUAUGCUCAUCCUGGAGUCUGAUUCAAUAGCCGAGGUGAAGCUUAGGAUCCAGACGUGUAAUGGGUUUAGGGUGAGAAGACAGAAACUGGUUUUCAGUGGCCGAGAGCUCGCGAGGAACGCGUCGCGUGUGAAGGACUAUGGCGUGACCGGUGGGAGUAUCCUGCAUUUGGUGCUUAAGCUCUACGACCCGUUGCUCGUCACUGUGAUCACCACUUGCGGCAAGGUCUUUGAGUUCCAUGUCGACCGCCGUAGAAAUGUUGGGUAUCUGAAGAAACGGAUCUCCAAAGAAGGGAAAGGGUUUCCUGAUGUGGAUGAUCAAGAGAUCUUGUUCAAAGGGGAGAAGCUUGAUGACAACAGAAUCAUCGAUGGGAUUUGCAGAGAUGGAAACUCUGUCAUCCAUUUGCUGGUUAAGAAGUCUGUGAAAGAAGAAGCUUCUCAUCUUCUCCCUGCGCUUGUCCAAGACGCGGUGAAAAGCGAAGACUUUGCUUCUGGUAAAGACUUUUUGUUGGAACCCGUUCUUCUCAGUCCCGCUGUGAAACUGCCUAAGGUCCUCGAGGGUAUGAUUGACCGCACCGUCGAUGGGUUAAACAAAGGUAAUCCACCAGUGAGAUCAGCUGAAGGCACGGGAGGGACAUACUUGAUGCAAGAUUCGUCAGGCCUCAACUAUGUGUCUGUCUUCAAGCCCAUGGAUGAGGAGCCAAAGGCCGUGAACAAUCCUCAGCAGCUUCCUGCGACAUCAGACGGCCAGGGAUUGAAGAGAGGAACUAGAGUAGGAGAAGGCGCAACAAGAGAAGUUGCAGCUUACUUAUUAGACCAUCCCAAAAGCGGACCGAGAUCUCUGUCUAAAGAAGUUAUGGGUUUUGCCGGUGUGCCACCAACCGCUAUGGUCAGAAGCUUUCACAAAGUGUAUAAUUACGCAAAUGGAGUCGGCAGUUGUACCAUUAAAGAUGCCAAAGUUGGUUCUUUGCAAAUGUUCAUGAAGAACAACGGAAGCUGCGAAGACAUUGGCCCUGGAGCUUUUCCUGUGGAGGAAGUGCAUAAGAUAAGCGUCUUUGACAUUAGAAUGGCGAACGCAGAUCGACAUGCCGGAAACAUAUUGACAGGGAAAGGCGAAGACGGCAAAACCGUUCUAAUCCCCAUCGAUCAUGGUUAUUGCUUACCGGAGAAUGUAAGUUAUUAUCUUUAUAAAUUCGUUCAACGUUUUGACCCUUCCAUAUAUUCUAGAAGUGAAACUAAGUUAUUGAGCAUUUGGGUCUGCGCGCAGUUUGAAGAUUGCACAUUCGAGUGGCUUUACUGGCCGCAAGCGAAAGUCCCGUUUUCUGCAGAGACUCUCAACUACAUAAACUCGCUAGACUCUGAACAAGACAUUGCGCUUCUGCAACUCAACGGUUGGGACGUUCCUGAAGCGGUCUCACGCACGCUGCGCAUCUCCACGAUGCUUCUGAAGAAAGGCGUUGAGAGAAACAUGACGCCGUAUCAAAUUGGGAGCAUAAUGUGCAGAGAAACAGUGAACAAAGACUCUGAGAUUGAAGAGAUACUGAGAGAAGCUCAUAACUCGGUGUUACCUGCGUCGAGCGAGGCUACGUUUAUUGAAGCUGUUGGAUCGGCCAUGGAUCGUCGUCUGGACGAGCUAACUAAGUAA